GACGUUGUUGUUAAAUAGGAAGGCUCUUGUAAGACUGUUAAUUGAGUUCCAGCGCACAGCGGCGGCAAACAGCACCAUGAGCGUCCCGCUUUUUGCACCAACUCCUAUCCAGCCGGCUCAUCCGACUCCCUUCUACAUCGAGGACAUUCUGGGGAGGACUGCCUCUACUACCUACUCUCCCUCGUCGUCUUCAUCCUCCGCCUCUUCAUCCUCCUCCUGCGCCACGCUGGUUAUCCCAACACCGACUCUCGCAUCGCCCAAUUCUUCGUUCACUAGUGUAAUCUCACCGUACCGGGCGCCGAUGUAUGAAUCCACACCGAUCCACGCGGCGCUGUCUCACCAUGCAGCUGCAAUGUUGACAACGACGUACGCCUCCGCCGGGGCUUUCGCCGGCCCCAUCUACCCGUUCCACCACCAGCAGAACCGCUCCAUGGGGGAGUACGCACAGGCUCUGCUGAGGCGCGACCAGCUCGGGAAGCCACUGCUAUGGACUCCCUUCAUGCAGCGACCGCUGCACAAGAGAAAAGGUGGUCAGGUCAGGUUCUCUAACGACCAGACCAUUGAGCUGGAGAAGAAGUUUGAGACGCAGAAGUACCUCUCUCCUCCAGAGAGGAAGCGACUAGCAAAGAUGCUGCAGCUCAGCGAGAGGCAGGUGAGAAUAAAAGGAAAAACAACUUUAAUGUGAAGAAACCUCAAGCAGAAUCAGACUCAAUGGACGAGGAACAG